AUGGCCGUCGUCGAGGCAGGAGCGCUGGCCACGUUCGGAGCCUGGGAUUACGCGGUCUUCGCCCUCAUGCUGCUGGUGUCCACGGGCAUCGGGCUGUGGGUCGGGCUGGCGCGGGGCGGGCAGCGCAGCGCUGAGGACUUUUUCACCGGGGGCCGGCGCCUGGCCGCUCUGCCCGUUGGCCUCUCGCUAGCCGCCAGCUUCAUGUCGGCGGUGCAGGUGCUGGGCGUGCCAGCCGAGGCCUACCGCUAUGGCUUCAAGUUCCUCUGGAUGUGCCUGGGACAGUUGCUCAACUCCCUGCUCACCGCCUUCCUCUUCAUGCCGGUCUUCUACCGCCUGGGUCUCACCAGCACCUACCAGUACCUGGAGCAGCGCUUCAGCCGCAGCGUGCGGCUCUGCGGGACCCUGCAGUACCUGGUAGCUACAAUGCUGUACACAGGCAUCGUGAUCUACGCCCCCGCGCUCAUCCUGAAUCAAGUGACCGGGUUGGACAUCUGGGCAUCGCUCCUGUCCACUGGAGUCAUCUGUACCUUCUAUACGACUGUGGGCGGCAUGAAGGCUGUGGUCUGGACUGAUGUGUUCCAGGUCGUGGUGAUGCUAACCGGCUUCUGGGUUGUCCUGGCCCGCGGGAUCAUGCUGGUGGGUGGGCCCAGGAGCGUACUUGAGAUUGCCCAGAACCACUCCCGGAUGAAUCUGAUGGACUUUGACCUGGACCCGCGGAGCCGCUACACAUUCUGGACUUUUAUAGUGGGUGGCACGUUGGUGUGGCUCUCAAUGUAUGGCGUGAACCAAGCACAGGUGCAACGCUAUGUGGCCUGUCGCACGGAGAAGCAGGCCAAGCUGGCCUUACUCAUCAACCAGCUGGGCCUGUUCCUGAUCGUGUUCAGCGCUGCUGGCUGUGGUAUCAUCAUGUUCACGAUCUAUGUAGACUGUGACCCUCUCCUUGCAGGGCGCAUCUCCGCCCCUGACCAGUACAUGCCCUUGCUGGUGCUGGACAUCUUCGAGGACCUGCCUGGAGUCCCUGGGCUCUUUCUGGCCUGUGCCUACAGUGGCACCCUCAGCACUGCCUCCACCAGCAUCAACGCCAUGGCCGCAGUCACCGUGGAGGACCUCAUCAAACCUCGGCUGCCGAGCCUCGCACCCCGGAAACUCGUGAUGAUCUCCAAGGGGCUCUGUGAGUUGGGGAACCUGAUGGGGGGGGCAGGGCGGCCUCUCCCCGCUGACCAUGCCGCCCCCCCAUCUGCCACAGCCCUCAUCUAUGGCUCAGCCUGUCUCACCGUAGCGGCCCUGUCCUCGCUGCUGGGGGGAGGUGUCCUCCAGGGCUCCUUCACCGUCAUGGGAGUCAUCAGUGGCCCCCUCCUUGGAGCCUUCAUUCUGGGGAUGUUUCUUCCUGCCUGCAACACACCGGGUGUCCUCUCCGGGCUGGCCACUGGCAUGGCGCUUUCACUGUGGGUGGCUGUGGGUGCCACUCUGUACCCGCCCAGCACCCAGUCCUUGGGAGUCCUGCCGUCAUCGGCUGACGGCUGUGUCAUGCCCUCGGCCAACGCCUCUGAAUUCUUGGGCCAGCUCCUUGCCACCAACACCUCCAGCAGGAACAGCAGCCCUGAAAUGGACCUUGAUCGACCCGCUUUAGCUGACAGCUUCUAUGCCAUUUCCUACCUUUACUAUGGUGCCCUCGGCACGCUGAGCACUGUGCUAUGUGGAGCCCUCGUCAGCUGCUUGACAGGCCCCACCAAGCGCAGUGCCUUGAGUCCUGGGCUGCUGUGGUGGGAUCUUGCACGGCAGACAGCAUCGGUGGCCCCCAAGGAAGAAGUGGCUACCUUGGAUGACAGCUUGGGGAAGAGUGUUGAGGAACUGCCCCCUGGAACUAAGAGGACUCCUGACUUCCCACCCACUGACGAGGACCAUCUGCUCUACCUGGGGCAGAAGGAGGUCAAUGGACCCGGCUCCUGGACUCCCAGCAGUACACAUGACCGUGGUCAGGACCUUCGGGAAACAGACCUCUGAGCCAGCAGGGGACUGGCUACCUGGGAUAUAACCUCAGGGUAGGCCCUCCCAGGCCACAGAAGAACGGCCUCUGGCUCCAAUUGGCUGGUCUGUGUCUUUAUGCAAAUGAGUUUGGGAUCCCUGCCCUAUGGAAAGAGGUGAAGCCCUACCUCUGGGAGGUCAUUUUAUCCAGCCCCCUUCCAGCCAGCCCCUAGUCUUAGAUGCUGCACCCUUGCCUGUUCCCCCAAAAUGAAGCCAGAUUUCUGUCUAUGUACAAUAGAAAGAUAUAGAAGUCCCCUCUGAACAACAUGGGAAAACUCCAGGCCCAGCAUUAGAGUCUGAGAAAGUCUCCAGUGCUUCUCUAGAAUGUUAGCAAGGAUCUUGGAGGUCCUCAGGCACCAAUCCCUGCACCCCAUCUCACAGUUGGGGAAACUGAGGCCUGGAAAGGGGCAACAACUUGACCAAGGCCACAGAGCACACCAGAGAUUCACUGAGAAUUGGGACACCAGCAUUUCUGCCCUUACCGCCUCCCUCUUUUCCUCCCUUUGGAGGGUCAGACAUCACAUGGCCCCUGACCUUGGGAGCAAGAAGGGAAGAUAAAGGAGAAAUAACAUUCUUGAUCUUAUCCUGGAGACACUAUGUAUCUUAUCUGCCUGAGGUUACAGCAAGUCAGGUUGGGGCAGGGACAGACCUGGGAGCUACAUGAUGUUGAAGGUCUAUUGCCAGCAUGUCACCAGCAAUAGACAGGGUCUGUGGACAGGGUCAGACAGGUGGGCAAAGCCAUGUCCUGGGGACGCGCUUGACUUUGGAUGCAGAGAUUUAAUCCAUGCACUUCAAAUAAAUGGACUUUGAUGCUUAA